ACUUCCUCCAGCACGCUGAUAUUGCGCAUGCGCACGAUGCUCCUCCCUUUUUCGCUCAGGUCCUGAAACAAGAUGGCCAAGCGCACCAAGAAGGUCGGUAUUGUGGGAAAAUAUGGAACCCGUUAUGGUGCUUCUCUAAGGAAAAUGGUCAAGAAAAUUGAAAUCAGCCAGCAUGCCAAGUACACAUGCUCCUUCUGUGGAAAAACCAAGAUGAAGAGAAAGGCUGUUGGAAUCUGGCAUUGUGGAUCUUGCAUGAAAAUAGUGGCUGGAGGUGCCUGGACCUAUAACACCACCUCUGCUGUCACUGUAAAAUCAGCCAUCAGAAGACUGAAGGAAUUGAAAGACCAAUAAAUGCAGCCUUUUUUGGGAUUUACCCGGAAUGUUACUAUAUUAUUUUUUUCUCCAGACUGUUCUUAAUAAAGAAUAUUCUGUGAAAUGUGA